ACAGGGUUGGAGCAACAACAAUCGUCUUUCUUUUUAUUUUGAAUGGUAUUUUCUAACAAAACUCAUGUUAUAUCUGGAAAUAUAAAUAGAAAACUACUUACUACUGCCAUCCUCUGUUGAAAGGAGUUAGGGCGCGUCGACCGCUGUGUUCAUCGAUAAAGUGUAAUACAGUGAGGUAAUCAUGGCUGAAAUAGAGGAGAAGGUGAUAAUGACACCAAAAAGUAAAACUGCAUCAUCCACUGUGCUGAUUGUGGAAAGAAAAGUGAUUGAAGCUGAACCCAGUGAUAAAACUCAUGUAGCGGGAGGUGACCACACUGGGAUAAUUAUAAAUAAGGAAAAAGUUUACGAAAAUGGUGUUACAGAACCCUGUCAUGCUCAAUUAGAGUUUUGUGUAUACUUGGUAUCAGCAGUAACUGGCAACCACACAAGAGAAGCAAGGGCUCUCCGAUUUUGGUUUAAACCUGAAGUUUCUCUACAUGAUUGCCCGCAUGAGGCCCAGGCCUUUUUUCGUGAACUUGUUAGUCCUCAAGACUUUCCUAAAGAUUAUGUCGGAUUUAUUAAGAAGAUAAUAAAAUUAAUGCAAAAUAAAUUUCACAAAUUAAAACUAUUAGAAGUUGAAUUAAGACAAGAAGGCACUGGACCACCUCCGCCAGAAGCAAAUGGUGAUAUAACGAGUAAGACAGUUGUAUACAAGUAUGAUAAUGGUUCCUUUAUUGAAGACAGUACAGCGAACCAAACACAUAUAUCAGAACAGAGGGUUCUGGAUCUCAUCGAAAAUGCAUAUCCAAACCCCCUGUCAGUAGAAGACUUUGUAACUGCCGGGAAAUGGUCAAAGGCUGAUGUCAAAGACGCGUUAGAGUCCUUAGAAGAGAAAGGCUUAACACGUUUAAUGUCUGAUGGCAUCUACGUGCGCCAGCACAGUAUCGACACCCAGGUGGUGAAACAAAUGCCCACACUAUGCUCAUCUCGCCAACCCACUAUAGCAGUGGUGACUGCCCUCUACUGUGAGAAGCAAGCUGUCGAUGCAAUGAUGGAUAAUCAAGAAACCUACGUGCGUUACACUACAGUCGGUGAAUCAAAUGUCUACACGUUGGGAACAAUUGGUGCGCAUCGGGUUGUCACCACCAAGUUGCCUUCAGUUGGCAGAACGAGAGAAGCAAUGACAGCUGCUGGCAAUACAACUACUAGACUUCUCGGAACUUUCCAAAAGGUGGAUUACGUGUUCUUGGUCGGCGUCGGCGGGGGGGUGCCCCACUACACGGAUUAUGCCAAGCACGUGAGACUGGGAGACGUCGUGGUAUCUACACCUGCACCGGAUCUACAAGAUAAAUACGUGUACAUCUACUGCGAAAAGGCAGAGCGUAAUAACAAAGGCGGUUGGGACUACGAAGUCAAACCGUACAAGCCGGCGGACUACCUGUUACAAGAUCUUGCUGUCAUCCUCGCCAGUUCGAACGCAACCUGGACCAAUUAUGUCAAUGAUGGCUUAAAUCGUCUGAAGGGUGUUCCGGGAAGAUGGGAGCCACCUGAAGAGGCCACAGAUCGCUUGUGCGUUGACGUUGGUGGAGGCGCCUUCAUCGAAGUGUCACACCCGGCGCCGCAAGGCGAAAAGAUGCGUGGUCCGCGCGUACACUGUGCGCCGGUAGCGGGCGGGCGCGCGGUAUCGUGUGCGGGUGAAGCGCGCGCGGCGUUCGCCUCGCACGCUCGCGCACUCGCCUACGACUGCGAGUUAGACGCUGUACUUGACAGCGUCGUUGGCAACUGCAAGGAUUGCUUCCUCUCCAUUAGAGGUAUAUCCGACUACCGCGACGGUACUCGUGGCAAGGAAUGGCAGCCAAAUGCCGCUCUGGCCGCUGCAGCCGUGAUGAAAGCUAUCAUCUUGGCUUUAGAACCACCAACCGAUUAAAAAAGCAUCUCUGGUGUAGUUAUCGUAAAGUAUCGCUUUAUCUGACAAAACGUCUAAGGGGGCGUCCAUAAAUUACGUGAGGUUUUUUUUAAAAUUUUCUGUCCCUCCGUCCCCCCCUGGUGAGAUGUGAGAUUUUAUUCAACCCCCUCCCCCAUCCCCCAAUUUUACAUAUACGAUAUGAAAAGUCACUAAUGACUCAAGCACUUAUCAGGGAGUACAUUGAACAAACCACGCGAGUAGUCUUAAAUACACCCCGAAAAACCACCGAGAACACGUCAUGUCGGAUUUUGGUAAUGUCUUUUCGGCAUAAAAAUACUUAAGUUUCAUUUUGACUCAACGCGUGCGGCGUUUAGUGUAUAUUCCUGUGUCACUUUACUUCACUAUUACAUAUUAACAUAAUAAUUGACAAACUGAAUUGAAAUUUUCCAUGCAAUUUUCAUCUAGAUCAAAUUUACUAACAAACAUUUAUAUUUUGUUUCCUCAACAACUUCUUAGCUUCCCGACAUUUGUGCAAACUUUAAAAUUCAUUAAAAACCGUUAUUAUUUUUUUAUUUUUAUAACUCGA